CUCGAGAGAAGCAAGAUGGCAGCCCCCGUGGAUCUGGAGUUGAAGAAGGCCUUCACAGAGCUUCAAGCCAAAGUUAUUGACACUCAGCAGAAGGUGAAACUUGCAGACAUACAGAUUGAACAGCUGAACAGAACGAAAAAGCAUGCACAUCUUACAGAUACAGAGAUUAUGACUUUGGUAGAUGAGACUAACAUGUAUGAAGGUGUAGGAAGAAUGUUUAUUCUUCAGUCCAAGGAGGCAAUUCAUAAUGAGCUGUUAGAGAAACAGAAGAUAGCAGAAGAAAAAAUUAAAGAAUUGGAACAGAAAAAAUCCUAUCUGGAGCGGAGUGUGAAGGAAGCUGAGGACAAUAUCCGGGAGAUGCUGAUUUGGCGCGAAGGGCACAGUAGGCAGCCUCUCAGGAACCUCUUAUUUCUGAUCCCUGCCAUUCCUGGCGAGGAGCCUGUGUAGGGAAACUGCUCUGCCUCAGGGACAUUUUAUCUGGAUGGUCUAGUAACCUUAUGUUUUAUGCACGGCCUGGAGCCCCUUUCAAAUCUCAUCCUUAUAUGUUUUAUCCUGGCUCUGCCUGCCACCCUUCUCCCCUGUGGUUGAAUCAUGAACUCCAGGGAAGGGAAGAUGGGAGCCAGGACAGAUAGGGGAGUUCUUCCGGGGCCUACUGCUGGUCACGCCGGUCAGACCAAUAAAAGACAUCUGUCCCCCCAAAAAUAAAAUAAAAUAAAAAUAAA